AUGGGUCGAUGGGGAUGGCGCCUAUUCGAAGGCGAUCAGGACCUUGAUGUCGUUCUCAGCUUGGCCGAAGACCUCGACAUUGACACCGAUUCCUGGGAGUACAGUCUGAGCGCGAUGGUUCAUCAGACUGACAUGCUAGCACCCGCAGAUGCUCGUGCCCUCUACAGCACCGCCGAAUAUGCCAACUCGCUCGCCAACGUCACCGUCCCAUACAUUCGCCAGAAGUUCGACACUGACAACCUCGGUGAACGGCUUUUCGCUGCCAGUCGCGCCAAGGAAUCCGACACAAACGACUUCAUGCAGCAAUCCAAGUACCGCACUAUCAUCCUGGGUGCUCUCAUGAUGCGCGCUGGUGCUCGCAUCAAUGCAGCGGAUCUGCAACACCUGCGUGAUCUAGUGCCUCAAAUCAACUGCAACUCGCGCCGACCUCUCUUCGAGGACCAUGGAUUCAGAACUCCGGGAAAGGCUCAAUUCCUUGCUGCGCUGGAUCACUACCAGCCCGGUGUAGCGCGUAGCUUCCAGGAGCCUACGUGCUUCAACUGUGGAAAGAUCGAGGCAGAGAUCGGUCACAAGCCCCUGCAAUGCAAGAAGUGCAACAUUGCGACGUACUGCAGCAAGGACUGCCAGCGCUACCAGUGGCGCGAGCACCGAGUGAGCUGUGUUCCCCCGGACAACGCUUCUUAUUGA